GAGGUAUCGAAGAUCUCUUCGCGCUCUCCCUCAGCAGACAUGGACACAUCUUUCCGCUUUGGAACAAAAUUAAGACUUACAUGAAAUGUCUAUUUCGAAAGCUUUUUGUUUUAAGAAUAAUUUAGUAAAUAAAUGCGAAGGUAAAAUUAGAUGAUAAUUAGAAUUCUUAAACAAAAUGAAGUGCCAAUUAGAAGCUGCGUUCGUUCUUUUUGGACUCGUGUUAGUUGCUCAACAUCAAGUGAAUGGCCUCAGGUGUUACAAAUGUUCGAGCCUCUUGGACUCCAACUGUCACAAUGACUGGGACCUGACGGCGUCUGAAGCUGCUAAAUACGAAGUAGAAUGCGGCCCGUCUGCAAAAGCCUGUCAUAAAAUCGUCGGAGAGAUACAAGGUUCUGGGGUACAGCACGUGUACAGACAGUGUUGGAACCAGUCAGUCACGGAAGAGUAUGUAAAAACCGGAUGUGUCGAGGAUGAGAUUCGUGGAAGUUUCGUCUGCCGCUGCACGGCAGACAUCUGCAAUGGGCAACACCGCUUAUUUCCUAAUGGUUACAUUUAUGUUGCUCUUCUCUCGUUUGCAGAACUUUUCAGACAAUUAUAUCAUGUUAGGAUGUUUUGAAGUUUAUCUUUCUCUCUUACGGAUUUACAUUUUAUGAAAAUAAGUGCACCUGUAAUUUUUUCUCUUGCAUUGCUGUCUUGAAGAAUGUCGUCUGACAUCUGCAAUGAACAAUAUGUCGUGCUUUAUUGCUUGUUACGUGUUCUGUCGCUUGCUUUUCGGACAGUUUUAUUCCUUGAUGAUCUAUUGGAUUAUUUCUCUGUGUGUCAUGACGCCGAUGAUUAUGACGUGUCGCUGAUGAAGACGAACAAUAUCAUCAUGCUAUUCUCGUUGUCUGUCUGACGUCUGCAAUGGGCACCGGCGAAACAAACUUUAUAAGCUAGGAAUAUUAAUACAGAAUUUUUAAAGUAUUCAGUUUGAUAUGAUAUCUAGUUUUAGUAAUUUUUUCUCUCCUUGGUGUGUGGAAGAUUUUAAACUUCACGCAGAUGUCGUCAGUUAUUGCACGUCUGACGUCUACACCUGUGUAUGUCCCAUUGAUGCCUGCUUUCUACAUUUACAAAAUAUAUAGCACUAUGUUGAUACUUGAAACAAUUUUACUGAGAUUUUCUCAUCGUUUCAAUUUUAUCAGACAUUCCUUUUCCGAAAGUGUGGAAGAUGAAAAACAACGGAAAUGCCGUCUACUUUUGCACAUCUGACAUAUACAAAGUUCUUCUACCGUAGACAGUUAUAUAUUGUAUGAAGAUAUCUUACUUAAAAAAAGAAAGAAAAGAAACAAGAGUACCACAGUAUAUAUCAGAUUUUUCGAGGACAUAGGUGUCGUCUGCUGUUGUACAUCAAACUAUAUGUGAGACUGUUUUUACAUUAAACCUUCAUGAAAUCACUCAAACUGAAAAUGUACAUUUUUUUGACAGAAAUCACAUUGACAACGAAAUUUAAAGGCACUAUAUGUUUAUAUAAAUCGCACGUUUUAAAUCUUUUGUUCAUUAUUUCAUAUCCAUGAUACAAUCAUUCCGAAUUUGUACUAUUUUAAAGACCUUAUGAUCACAGCAUGGUUGCAACAUACAAGCUUCCGGGAAGACAUGUGGCAAUUUUGACAUUUUUUGUAAUACAAAUGUUUAAAGAUAUCGGUAUUUUGCUCAACUAUUUGAUUUAUAUUAAUUAAAU